UAACUUCCACGCCCUGCACUUGACAUUUUCCUGCAUAUAUAUUUUGCAUAUACAUUCUGAAUCUACUUAUCUUUCUCAUCAAUCCCAAAGUACUUUCUACUCUAUAUAAUCUACUCCAUUCCAUUCCUUACAAGAUGCCCUCGAUCCUUGAAGACCCCUCGUCGACAAUUCCCCCACCCCCAACCCACGUUGAAUCUCUCAAGACUCAAUCUAUAAAUCCCAUAAAAACGACAUUAAAAUCCGGUACACCUGUAACCCUGUACCCGAUCACCACUGGCCCAUCUGCUGUCCCACGCUCUCUUGUACAGCUCCUCCACCGCGAAUUCAGCGCGGAGAUCGAGCGAGGAUGCACGUACCCCAUGGAAGAGGUGAUGUCCUUUGAGAAAUUCGCCGAGUACUGGUUUGGGACGUUUGCAGUGGUGGCUAUUCUUGAUUCACAGGAGGGACAUGGAGGCGAGGGGUUAUUGGCGGGCAGGGAGGAAAGAGAUUGGGAGAAAGACUGCGUGGGGACGUUUUAUAUUAAGCCUAAUUAUCCCGGCCGCUGCUCGCAUGUCUGCAAUGCAGGCUUCCUAACGACCGGGGCAGCAAGAAACCAGGGCGUGGGCAUGGUAAUGGGAAAGGCAUACUUGCAUUUUGCCCCGUUAUUGGGAUACAAAUACUCUGUCUUCAACCUCGUCUUCGAGAAUAAUGUCGCCUCGGUAAAGAUCUGGGAGAAGCUUGGGUUCAGUGUCAUCGGGCGUGUGCCAGGGGCUGCGCGGUUGGCAAAUAGCGAGGAACUGGUUGCUGCGUUGAUUAUCGGGAAAGAUUUAGUAGCAGAAGAUAAAACAGAGACAGAGACAGCUUAGAUUAGACUCAUGGAUACUUUUGAGCCAUUGAGAGAGAAUAACUCCAUACACCUGAUAUGAUAUGAUAUGAUAUAAUUUUAUACAU